GACGCGGCCUGUCUCGCGCUGGGCAACCUCAUAAAUGUCUUUCCUGCGGAAGUGCGUGACUGUGGUUAUCCCGACCUCAUGGCCGAGUGCUUCCUCAACAACCUCUCAGAUAGCAUUCCUUCCGUGCGUCAGGGCGCGGCCACGUCUAUUGCAAAAGUCCUCCAGACUGCUGGGGAUCCAGCCCUUGAGACGCGCGCCACUGAGCCCUGGGAGCGUUGUGACGGUGCUAUCCGUCUGAUCGGCGAGCUCGCCUCCCUGGCACCAAGGUUUGUGACUGACACUCUCAUCGACAAGAUGGUCUCCGCUGCUGCCAUCUCCCACUACCCUCACUAUCCAUACCUCCUCGAGACUGCCUGUAGAACAAUCGGCUUCAUGUGUACAGGACUGGAUAAGGCCAUGUUCAAGCGAAACCUGGACUCUUUGUUGCCGGUGCUAGCUUGGGCAGUGAGUUCCGGUAUGCCGCUGGCUGUCUCUGCGGCUGAGGACUGUCUGGCCACCCUGUCCCAGAAACUUGGUCCCAAUGUGCUUCGCAGUCGCGUCGCGAAUCACUUUGAGGUCACCACGGUUCCUCGUCUGCUUGAAGUCCUACCACCGAUCCCCUAUUAG